CAGGAGCGGUCAAGUUGGGUCACAAAAGCAGCCAGCACGGGGUAGAAGCAGUGGCUGCCAUGGAUGAGGAUAAGCUUCUAUCUGCACUGCCUGGGGAAGAUGGUGCCACCUGCGACCCCAGCCUGGAGCCUGAGGAGGAGCCUGGGGUCCAGAAUGGAAUGGCAUCCAGUGAGGACCUGAACAGUAGCCACACCAGCCCAGGGCAUGAGAUGAGGGGCACCCUGGUGGACACUGAGGGGCAUACAAAGGGCCUGGACAUGGCCCUCCACGGCCUCAGCCUUGGCCUCUCCCUCACCAACGGCCUAGCCCUGGGGCCAGACUCAAACAUUCUGGAAGACUCUACAGAGUCCAGGCCCUGGAGGGCUGGUGUGCUGGCGGAGGGGGACGAUGCCUCCAGGAGCCUCUGUCCAGACGCUGAGGAUCCUCCACUGGGGCCAGGAGAACCAGAUGUGCGGGAUGGCUUCAGCGCCACAUUUGAGAAGAUUGUGGAGUCGGAGCUGCUGCGGAGCACACAGUACAGCAGCCUGGACUCCCUCGAUGUGCUGAGCCUCACGGAUGAGAGCGACAGCUGCGUCAGCUUCGAGGCCCCCCUCACGCCCCUCAUCCAGCAGCGGGCCCGGGAUAGCCCUGAGCCAGGGGCUGGCUUGGGCACUGGGGACAUGGGGUCUGAGGGGGACAUGGGAGCAGCUGGCGGUGAUGGGGAGCUGGGCAGCCCCCUGCGGCGCUCCAUCUCCGGCAGCCGCUCCGAGAAUGUCCUGAGCCGCCUGUCUCUCACGGCCGUGCCCAAUGGCUUCCAUGAAGAUGGACCCCCGGGCCCAGGUGGGGACGAGGAAGACGAGGAGGAAGGCAUGGACAAGUUGCUGAACUCGGCCAGCGACCCCAGCCUGAAGGACGGCCUGUCGGACUCAGACUCAGAGCUGAGCAGCUCGGAGGGGCUGGAGGCUGGCAGCGCAGACCCACUGGCCAACGGGGGCCAGGGCGUCAGUGAAGCUGCCCGCCGGCUGGCACGCCGCCUCUACCACCUGGAGGGCUUCCAGCGUUGCGAUGUUGCCCGGCAGCUGGGCAAGAACAACGAGUUCAGCAGGCUGGUGGCCGGGGAGUACCUCAGCUUCUUUGACUUCUCGGGCCUGACUCUGGACCGAGCACUCAGAACCUUCCUGAAGGCCUUUCCGCUGAUGGGGGAGACACAGGAGCGUGAGCGGGUCCUUACGCACUUCUCCCGCCGGUACUGCCAGUGCAACCCUGACGACAGCACUUCGGAAGAUGGGAUCCACACGCUCACCUGUGCCCUGAUGCUUCUCAACACGGACCUGCAUGGACAUGUGAACAUUGGCAAGAAGAUGUCCUGCCAGCAAUUCAUUGCCAACUUGGACCAGCUGAAUGACGGACAAGACUUUGCCAAAGACCUGCUGAAGACCCUUUACAACUCCAUCAAGAAUGAAAAGCUGGAAUGGGCCAUUGAUGAAGAUGAGCUGAGGAAAUCACUGUCUGAGCUGGUGGAUGACAAGUUUGGGACAGGCACAAAGAAGGUGACACGGAUCCUGGAUGGUAGCAACCCCUUCCUGGAUGUCCCACAGGCUCUCAGCGCCACCACCUACAAGCAUGGUGUGCUGACCCGGAAGACUCACGCCGACAUGGAUGGCAAGAGGACGCCCCGUGGGAGGCGUGGCUGGAAGAAAUUCUACGCGGUGCUCAAAGGGACCAUUCUGUACCUGCAGAAGGAUGAGUACAGGCCUGACAAAGCCCUGUCUGAGGGCGACUUGAAGAACGCCAUUCGUGUGCACCAUGCUCUGGCCACCAGGGCCUCCGACUACAGCAAGAAGUCCAAUGUGCUGAAGCUGAAGACAGCCGACUGGAGGGUCUUCCUCUUCCAGGCACCGAGCAAGGAAGAAAUGCUGUCCUGGAUCCUUAGGAUCAACCUGGUGGCUGCCAUCUUCUCGGCGCCCGCCUUCCCAGCUGCUGUCAGCUCCAUGAAGAAGUUCUGUCGGCCCCUGCUGCCCUCCUGCACCACUCGCCUCUGCCAGGAGGAGCAGCUGCGUUCUCAUGAGAAUAAAUUGAGGCAGGUGACUGCAGAGCUGGCUGAGCACAGGUGUCACCCGGUCGAGCGGGGCAUCAAGUCCAAGGAGGCUGAGGAGAACCGGCUGAAGGAGCAUUAUCUCACGUUUGAGAAAAGCCGUUAUGAGACCUACAUCCACCUCCUGGCUGUGAAAAUCAAAGUGGGCUCAGAUGACCUGGAGUGGAUUGAGGCCCGGCUGGCCACCCUGGAGGGGGAUGACCCUUCUCUCCGCAAGACACACUCGAGCCCUGCCCUUAGCCAGGGCCAUGGAACUGUGACGGGCAGCAAAGUCACGAGGGAUAACACUGGGCCUGAUACUUAGCUGGCAUGGAUGGGCAGGUCCCAGAGGCAGGCAAUGCCCCCAGAGGGCUCAGUGAGCACAAUUCCAGCCAGGGGCCACUCGGAUCAGCUCCAGGCAGUUGGGCAGCCAGGGGGGUGUGGAGAGCCCUGUGGGCCAA